AUGCAUGUCGCUAAUUUCCUCCUGCUCAACCUCCUUUCAACCUAUCAUGCACAUGCCUGGUGGAGUCACGAAUGCUGCAAGUGCCCUGAUCUGGACGAUGACGGCUCCUUCUUCAUCAACUUCACUGGAGGUAUUGACGAAGGAGACGCACAGGAAGCUAAACCGGCUAGUCUAUCGAAGGAAAAGAGAGAACUGCUUGACCUUCAAAACGACUACCGUCGACGGGUUGCUAGGGGCCAAGUGCCUGGGCAGCCAUCCUCCUCAAAAAUCCACGAUCUCCAAUGGAGUGCAGAGUUGGAGGCUUCGGCCCAGAGACAUGCUGAUACCUGUCAAUUCGCUCACGACAGCAACGAAGCACGUAGAACGGCUAAGUGGGACUGGGUGGGACAGAACAUUGCUUACUCGUCCAGCGUAGCCGAGAAUGUCGAAAUGUGGUUCAACGAAUACAAGGACUACAACUACCGUUCCAACUAUUGCAGUGGUAUCUGCGGACACUAUACACAGCUCGUAUGGGCGAACACCACGCACGUCGGCUGUGGGGUAAGCAGAUGCAACUUCCACGGGUUUGAUGCAGUCUACGUGGUCUGUAACUACGGUCCGGGGUAA